AUGAUUCUGAUUCUGAUUCUGCCCCACGACUCCUGCCAGACGCCCUCGGCGCUGCCACCCCCCGCCCGGCAGGCGGCGCUGCUUCCCCCCAGUCCCGCCGCCCCCCCACCUCCCCCGGGCCCUGCGUGCGGCGGGGGCGGCGCCGCGGCCAUGGCGGACGCUCCGAGGAAGAUGGCGCUGCGCAGAUGUGAAACGUGUAGUGAAGAGGAGGCAAAGUACAGAUGUCCGCGAUGCAUGAAAUACUCGUGCAGUCUGUUGUGUGUAAAGAAGCAUAAGCUGGCGCUGAGCUGUAACGGUGUCAGAGAUAAAACAGCGUUUGUCUCUGUAAAUGAAUUUACUGACUUGAACCUUUUGAGCGAUUAUCGUUUCCUGGAAGAUGUAGGAAGGACAGCAGAUGCUGCUGCUCGACACCUUACUAUGCAUCGUUCCACAGGAAAAAGAUUUAUGUCUUCCUUGAGAAACAAGGCUCAAAGGUACGAUAUAGACCUGAGGAUACUGCCCGCUGGAUUUACAAAAAGAAGAGAAAAUUCAACCACUUUCAAUCGCGCGGAGGACAAGUUCUACUGGCAUUUGAAGCUCGUGUUUCCUCAUAGUCACGCCGAAUACACUUCAAAACGGGUGCCUGACGAUAGAACUCUCACUGAUAUCCUUAAGCCGUACAUCGAUCCAGUGGAGUCAGAUCCUGUGGUUUGUCAAAGGUUAAAGAUUUAUGCAGCGGCUCCUCAGUCAGACAUACAGAUCUUAAUGAAAAUAGAAAACAGGAGGCAAAACUCUGUCAGGUACAAUGAGCUGGAUGCCAGUAGAAGCCUCCUAGACAAUCUCAAAGGCAAAGUCAUCAUUGAGUAUCCAACGCUAUUUGUGGUCUUGAAGACACUGAAGCAUGGCAUGGUGAUACUUGGCCAAGAUGCCAGUGAACCUGCAGAGAACUCGGACAGCGAAAGUUCAUCCCUUUCAUCUAUAGAAGAAGGGGAAAUUCGGGACAGUUCAUGACAGUUCGUUGAGAGAAGAGGAUGGAAUAAACCUUGAAAAUUUUAAUUAAAGCUUUUUUUAUAUGCUA